CUAAAAAAUCUUAAUUAACUCCUCGCGAGGCAGAGUUUCCUUUUGUAAACUUCGCCUUCUUAGAUCUGUUGAUCUUUGUCCGUCGCUCUCUAAAACGUUCAGCGGCUAAGGACUAAUCGCCAUGGCCAUGGCGAUUAGGAUUAGGGUUUUGCUUCUCUUCCUUUUUUUCUUAUCGCUCUCUCACCCCACUUUCUCCCUCUAUCAAGACCAAGUGGGUCUCAUGGACUGGCAUCAGCAGUACAUAGGCAAGGUGAAGCACGCAGUUUUCCACACUCAAAAGGCCGGGCGGAAGCGCGUGGUGGUCUCCACAGAGGAGAACGUCAUCGCUUCGCUCGAUCUUCGCCGCGGAGAGAUUUUUUGGAGGCAUGUUUUGGGUUCUAAUGACACCGUCAAUGAACUUGAUAUCGCCCUUGGAAAAUAUGUUAUUACUCUGUCAUCUGGUGGAAAAUAUUUAAGAGCUUGGAACCUGCCUGAUGGGCAGAUGAUAUGGGAAUCAUUUCUUCCGGGCUCAACAGCUUCAAGGUCUAUAUUAUCCAUUCCAACAAAUUUAAAAGUUGGCAAGGAUGAUCUGAUCCUGGCUUAUGGUAGUGGGAGUCUUUACGCUGUUUCAAGCAUUGAUGGGGAAGUGCUUUGGACGAAAGAUUUAGCAUCUGAAGGCAUUGAUGUUCAGCAGUUGAUUCAUCGUCAUGGAAGUAAUAUCAUUUAUGCUUUAGGAUUUAUUGGUUCUUCUCAUUUUGCCACUUUUGAAAUCAAUGCAAAGAAUGGGGAGUUGCUGAAGCAUGAUAAAGUUCGAUUCACUGGUGGGUUCUGUGGGGACAUUUCAUUCCUCAAAAGUGACACUGCUGUGGCACUUGAUUCCACUCGAUCCUCAUUGGUAUCAGUUCGCUUCCGGGAUGGUGAAAUUAGUAUUGAACAAGUGCAUAUUUCAGAUCUCCUGUUGGAUUCAUCAGGAGUUGCUGCAAUUUUGCCUUAUAAGCUUAUUGAAAUGGUUGCAGUAAAAGUAAAAGAGUUUAUUAUAUUUGUAAAACUAACAAAUGAAGGCAAGUUUGUGGUUGUGGGCCAAAUUGAUCAUACUGCAAUUAUUAGUGAUUCUCUCUCAAUCCUUGAAGAUCAACAAGCCAUUGCCCUGAUUCAACAUGGAGACAAUAAGAUUCAGCUUACUGUGAAACUCGUUAGUGACUGGAGCAACCAUCUGAUAAAAGAAACUAGUUAUAUGGAUUGUCAGAGAGGGCUCGCACAGCGGAUUUUCCUCAACAAUUAUGUGCGAACAGACAGGUCAUCAGGAUUUAGGGCCUUGAUUGUCAUGGAAGACCAUUCCCUUUUGUUAGUACAGCAAGGGGAAAUUGUCUGGAGCAGGGAAGAUGGGCUGGCUUCAAUUGUUGAAGUCACAACAUCAGAACUACCACUAGAGAAGGAUAGUGUAUCUGUUGCAACAGUGGAGCACAGCCUUUUGGAAUGGCUUAAGGGGCAUGUACUGAAGCUUAAAGGAACCCUUAUGCUUGCAAACCCUGAUGAUAUUGCAGCCAUACAAAAACUGAGGGUACAAAGUUCCGAGAAGAGCAAGAUGACUCGAGAUCACAAUGGGUUUCGAAAACUGAUCAUUGUACUUACUCGAGCAGGGAAACUUUUUGCUUUGCACACAGGAGAUGGGCAAAUUGUGUGGUCUGUCUUGUUGAAUUCUCUGCGCAAGUCACAAACAUGUGAAGCUCCUAAUGUUCUUACAUUACACCAAUGGCAAGUCCCUCAUCAUCAUGCACUGGAUGAGAACCCAUCAAUACUUGUGCUUGGUAGAUGUGGACCUAAUCUUGAUUCCCCUGGUGUGUACUCCAUUGUUGAUGCAUACACAGGAAAGGAGCUUAAUUCUGUUGGACCUUUUCAUUCGAUCGUGCAAAUUAUUCCUCUGCCACAUACUGAUUCCAGAGAGCAGCGUUUGCAUCUAUUGAUAGAUAAGGAUUGGCAUGCCCACUUAUAUCCCAGAAGUCCUGAGGCUCUUGCCAUUUUUCAACGCGAGGUUGGAAACAUUUAUUGGUAUUCAGUGGAAGCUGAUAAUGGUAUCUUAAGGGGACAUGCAGCAAAGGAGAAUUGCAUUUUACAGCUGCCUGAUGAAUAUUGUUUCGGCACGAGGAAUCUGUGGUCAAUUGUUUUCCCUUCAGAAUCAGAAAGGAUCAUUGCAACUGCAACCAGGAAGUUGAAUGAGGCAGUUCACACUCAAGCAAAAGUAGUAGCGGAUCAGGAUGUGAUGUAUAAAUAUAUAUCUAAGAAUCUGCUCUUCAUUGCAACUGUUGCUCCACAAGCAGCUGGAGAUAUUGGAUCUGUCACCCCUGAUGAAUCUUGGCUGGUUGUUUAUCUUGUUGACACCAUAACUGGACGUAUUCUGCAUCGCAUGACCCAUUAUGGUUCACAGGGUCCUGUCCAUGCAGUCGUUAGUGAGAAUUGGGUUGUUUACCACUACUUUAACCUUAGAGCUCACAGAUAUGAGAUGUCUGUGAUCGAAAUUUAUGAUCAGUCUCGGGCGGACAACAAGGAUGUCUUGAAGUUGGUUCUUGGGAAACAUAAUUUGACCUCAGCUAUUUCAGCUUACACUCGUACAGAAGUCGUGACUAAACAGCAAUCUUACUUUUUUUCCCACUCUCUGAAAGCAAUAUCCACAACAUCCACAGCUAAAGGCAUAACUUCCAAACAACUACUUAUUGGCACUGUUGGUGAUCAGGUUUUGGCACUUGAUAAACGUUUCUUGGAUCCUCGGCGAACACUUAACCCCACACAAGCUGAGAAAGAGGAAGGAAUUAUACCGCUUACCGAUUCAUUACCAAUCAUUCCACAGUCUUACGUGACGCAUGCCCUUAAGGUGGAAGGCCUUAGAGGCAUAGUAACUGUCCCUGCGAAGUUAGAGUCAACUACUCUCGUCUUUGCCCAUGGGGUGGAUCUCUUUUUUACCAGGCUUGCACCUUCGAAGACCUAUGAUUCUCUUACUGAAGACUUCAGUUACGCUCUCCUGCUCAUUACAAUUGUUGCACUUGUGGUGGCUAUAUUCGUGACUUGGAUUUUGUCAGAAAGGAAGGAGCUGCAGGAGAAGUGGAGAUGAAAGCUCUAAUCUUAUUUUUUGCAGUUACACUAGUUUUUCCUUUUAGAUUCUUAUUGGGUCUUUCUUUUUUGUUCUUUAUUUUGAAAGUCCUUAGGAUUGCAAAUCAUCUGUAAUUUAGUUGAUUUUGUACCAUGGGUUUCCUGUUCUUUGUUUGUUGUCAUGGAAGCGGAGCUUCAGUUCUUUGUUGUACAUUCAGAACGGCAUAGAAAUGAUAUAGGAAAUAUGUGACAAUCAGCAUUUCCGUUGGAUGCUCAAAACCGUUUUACACCGGAGUGUCUAGCAGGUCACAUGGUGUAUUGUUUCACCUGUCAA